CUAACAACCUUGAAUAUCCUUUUGUCGAUCUCCGCGUCGAUAGGGAACACUCUUAUCCUUGUCGCUCUUCGUAAGGAAACUUCUCUUCAUCCGCCAUCGAAACUCUUGUUUCGAUGCUUAGCAACAACGGAUCUGUUGGUUGGUGUACUGUCACAACCUCUGUAUGUCAUCCAGUUACUUUCCAUUGCACAUCAGCGAAUGUCACUUUGUUUCACCGUAGUUAGUGUAAAUGCAGUUGUUGGUUCAAGCCUGAUCGGUGUGUCCUUGUUCACGACGGCUACAAUCAGUGUGGACAGACUUCUCGCUCUCUUACUAGGGCUGAGACACAGGAAAACAGUUACUUUGAAAAGAAUUCGUGGAGUCAUCAUCGUCUGCUGGAUUAUAAGCAUUUCCAUCUGUACCUUGAGGCAUUUUUGGAAAUCACACCAUUUUCUAUUCUCACAAUUUGCCUCUGGAAUGAUUUACUCGUCGCUAGUAAUCUCGGGAAUUUCAUACACGACGAUUUACCUAAUUCUUCGCCGUCAUCAAACUCAGAUGCAAGAGCAAGCGGACGAAGUAGGAACUACAUUCAACAUAACGCGAUACAGAAAGACAGUGUCCACGGCUAUGUGGGUACAGCUUACAUUAAUAGCCUGUUAUUUUCCCUAUGGUGUUGUUAGUACAAUAAGCCAUCCAUAUGCCCUAUCUCAUAAUCUUUCUGUCAGGCUUACAAUAACCCUUCUCCACUUAAACUCAUCUUUAAACCCUGCUCUCUACUGUUGGAAGAUCAAGGGAGUUAGGCAAGUGGUGAAGAAUUCAGUCAGACAUCUGUGUGAUGUGGUUUGUUCUGUUUAACCUGCAGCCUAUAAUUACAGGGAGUAACUGAGAGGAGCUCCCACGCGUCAAGAAUUUUUGGCGGGAAAUUGUCUGGCAACCAGCGUUUUUUUGGGCGUGCCAACGGGGUAACAGUAAACUGAAUGUAAGACUUUAAACGGUAAUCUGUUCCUAUUGUCCGGUAGCAGCAUGUUUGAAAUUAAAAUAUUGUUCAAGUAAAGCCUUAUAACUGCUGAAAUUAAAAAUUUACCAUACAGUGCUGUGUACUCGUGAGUGUUUUUGGUCGUGUAUCGGCUAUGAUGAAACUGUGAGGUAUUUUCACCAUAAGACAGUUACAUAGCCUCAAUUUCAUCCGAUUGCUUCGAGUCGUUUUCUCCUCUCAGCAAGUAAUAAAGACUUGAAGUAAUCGGAUGAAAUUCAGGCUAGGGAACAUUCGCAGGGAACAGAUUUUGGUCCCUGUAACCAUUCCCUACGAAUGUUCCCCUCGUGUGUGCCGGCCUUAAAAAUUGCAUAAAAUUGGGCAAAACUUCUCAGGAAUUCAAAAUACUCUAAACAAUUGAGUCUAAAAAGUUAUAGAAUUCCCCUGAAAAUAACGUUACAAAACAAAAUAUUCCGUGAAAUGAGGACAAUCGAAGAAAGCAUGUGGGUCAAAGAAUGGCUGGGAAUAUUAAUUCAAAAGACAGAGCAAAUCAUCUUAGGCUAAAAAUAUAUAUCUACGUGUAUCUGUUCAUCAGAAUGCCUAAAAAUAUUUAGAACAUUUGGUUCGAAUAUAACGCAAAGUAAAAUUUUGAUUUGCGUCAAUUAGAUAAAUAAUAAUCUCAAAAGAAUGCAGUAAAUAAGACUGGUCCGUGGAUUGCUAAAACAUGGUUCGUUUGAUUUGCCCUAGACUGAAAUGAAACAGCCGCCUCGCGCGAAACGCCCCUAGCGGCCAGGAGCGAUGAGAGGCGGAUGAAACGCGUUCCUUCCGUGUUCAACGAUCAUUCGGUAGAAAAACCGAAUACAUGGGAUCGCUUCAAAUCUGAAUUCGACCCGUGUUUGUAGGUGGAGCCGAUCGGUCCAAAAUUGCCGUUCCUUUUCGAGAAAGUGGUUCUUCCUUCGUAGAUUUGUAGCCUCAUACGUUAUACUCAUACGUUUUUUGGGCUCGUCACGCGUUCCUCCCCCACAGCGGAACUGCCACUUCCGAUUUUAGGCCAGUUAGCGUUUUUAAGGCCAUUCAAAGCUCGGAAAUUUGGGAUAAUAUAUUCUGUCCAGUAAAAUUCCCUGUGACUUAUAUUCAGCUCAAAAUAUUCUGAACAGAUCACUAUGGGCCCGGCUUGUAAUGAAAGGCCGCAAAACGAUUUAAACACAGUAAAUUUGUUUAGAAUAUUGUCCUAAAAAGGUUCUCGUUGAGAUUCCCUGAGACAACGAUAACCUGUUAAUGUCCUCUCUUGCACGUUAAUAUGAGUUUAUUAUGGAAUCAAACAACUUGAGCUCUUCCCCAAGAAACGACAUAGGUUAAUAACAACAAAAUUGCAUAACAUACAUGACAUGGUACGCCCUGAAAAUACAAGAUUAAUUAAUUAAUUAAUAAUAAUAAUAAUAAUAAUAAUAAAUCAAGGACAAGAGUGGUACCAGUGGUUGUAGGUGCCAGCUUCUUUGACACUGAACCCAAUGCAGGCCACUUGGAGCAACUAGGAAUUAAAAACCGAACAAGAACGAUGCAAAAGUCGGCACUCCUCGGAUCGGCACAUAUCCUCAGAAAGGUGCUGGAAGUCUGAGGUCUCGGGAUGAGACUUGACUGGAUAUUUCUCCCCAGGGAAAAUCCCUGUGCUAAAUUUUACAUAAUAAUAAUAAUAAUAAUAAUAAUAAUAAUUACUUAACUAUCCUCUCCCCGUCGGGGCUUUUCAGGGAUAAUGAUACAAAUAUCAUACAGAAACAAGUAUUUCAAAUAUAACAUAGCAGGUUAAGAACCGCAACUGGCAGGAAGCAAACCAGUUGGCUAUUUACAAGCGUGGCCGAGGAGUUAAACUCGGGACUACCGUGAAACAACACCAGCUAGUGGUCAGAAAGGGACUUGAACCGAGAACCUCCAGAUUACAAGUCCAACGCCCUAACCACUCGACGACGCUUCCUCUUCAUCGGCAUAACGUCACGUGUUACGUCUCUCUUGGAUAGGAAGCAAUGCCGAACACUUGACAGUGUUAAUUUGCCGUGUGUAGCAUUUUCUAGGAUAUUACCAUAACUCAGUCAGACUGUGUCUCAUCAACUUUCUUCUUUCUUCUUUUCUUUCUUUUCCUUCUUUUUUCUUUUAAAUUUAUUUAUUUGGUUGCGACAUAAAGAAAACUACUUACAAUUAUUAACGUCAUUUACAUCCCGGUACUAACACUACUUACGACGCAGUACUUAUAAUGCUUACAAUACAAUGCUUACUUGCCAACUUACAAUACAACCCUGUAAUUAUCUACCGAAGCCUAAGGCUGAGGCUGAUAACACCUAAUUUGCAAGAAUGAAGAUGAUAUCUUGCAAGCAGAAGAACAAGAUCAAUAGCUGCAUAAAUAGGAACGUUUGACAGCCCCAUCAAAUGAAGAUCUGAGAGAACAAAAUCAUUCCCAAGGCCCAUUUUGAAGAGGAAUUGUUUAACAUGUAAAAACCUUGUGUGAUGGAACAGCUCAGGAAAAGAUGGGUGAUAGUCUCUGUUUUUCUUUCAAGAAAACAACAUUUAUCAGACUGUACAAGGUUGAUUCUCUUCAGAAAAUCAUUCGCGGCAAUCUUCCGAUGUAAGAACUUUAAAUGAAAGGUUUUUAAUUUGUUAGAUAACGUACAAUUAAAAGCAAUUGUGUAUGCUACCUUCCCGUCUACAUCAUACUCAUUCUGAAGAUGAAGGUCUCUAAGCCACUUUCCUUGGCUCCGGAUGGGUGGGGGAGUUCUCUUCUUCAGAUAAAAUUAUUGACCUUCCUUUCACAAUAUCCUUGCCCCGCAUCCGAGUACUAUGCAGCUUCCUCACAAACGAUUUCACACCUGAAAGAACUCCUUAAAAUUCUAACCAUUUUAGUUCUUGAAAAUUGGUCCUCAAAUCGUCACACCCAAGGAGGGUACCAUUUUCGUCUAGUAAGUGAGAAAUUUUGCUAAUACUGUUGCUCGAUCAAUGUUUAUGGAAUACGGGCCGGUUAUUUAUUUGAAUUAGGGAGUUGUACCAGAUAAUCUGAUCACCGAUGUUUGCAUCCGUAAUGGCCGCGACGUCAGAAGAUCAUUUGGGCCACGUUACUCCAUUUGGGACCCCUUUAUGUCUUCGUCUCUCCUUAUGAUGUACUAUGAAGUUGGCUAAUAUUUCGUCGGCCGCUAUUAUCAACAAAUAAGGGGACAUCGGGCAGCCUUGUCUGACCCCUCUAGCUAAAGUGAAGUGCUCGAAGUCUAUUUUCUAAUUAAUACGUAUCAGUGUCUCGAAAUGUCGUUUGUUGUGAUCCCAGAGGGUCCAGAUCAGGGCUGAGUUGCUCAAAGCAUGGUUAGCUUUAACCAUUGGUAUUAAACGCUGGUUAACGCUAACCAUGCUUCGAGCAACUGGGCCCAGAUCGUCAACUGCUUCUUGGGGGGCGGGGGGGUCCUUCUUGGAAAACGUAUUGAGCAAAAAAACUACCGAGCAUAUUAAAUUCUGUCUCUUAAACACUUCUUGGUUUAUUCUAUUACAAUAGCUGUAUCUUAAAAAAUACUUUGCCUGAUCAAUCAAAUGUAGUUCACUAUUUUUACAGAUAGUAACAUGAUCAGCGAGAUCAAUUGAAGUGACCUUUAGAUCAGUUUUUUUAAUACGUGAAAGCUUUUACGAGAAAUGUUUUCAAAUAAACUGACAAGCAACUCAACCAUACUUGAAUUCGUGGUAUUUCACAGGUCUUUGUUUAGUUUAACGUUCCUUUUUUUUGUUCAAGUGAUUUGUAUUCUCAGUCGUUACAAUACAGUGUAUUCUAAAAGGUUAUGAAUCACUGGAAUACGUAGAGUCAAGCCGUAAAAAAUUCAAAAUAAGACCGACAAAAAAAAACAACAUUCAAAUUGAAUUUCGUUAGUUCUAUUUGUCCUCUAUACUAAAAAAUGAAUUGCAUGUUUUAUAUAUGUAAGAUCUGUUGUUUUUACUGGUAAGUAAUACUAAAACCAUCGGCCCCGCAUCGGGUCCAAAAGGUUCCUGAAAAAAACUUUUGUGACGAAAAAUAAAAUAAUUUUACAAAUUAUAUUUGCCUCAGAUGCUUUCGGGACUAAUGCACUGCAAAUACAAACAAUACUAAAGAAUAAUCCAAAACGAUUUUUUUGUGUUUCUUUGGUCAUCUCUACUUAAAAGUCACACACAGAACAUGUGUUUUUAAGUUGAUAUUAUUAUCCUAAGAUUUUAAAGAUCGUUAGUCAGUAUGAAAAAGCCGUAAAUAAUAACCGACACUAGGAAAAGAACCAGCAUCAAUCGUGAUUGGCAUUUUGCGUUAGACAUUUGUUUGAUCGCUUUCCUGUUAAAGGCCUGGAUUUUGAUUUUUCCCUGCGUCAACUGAAUGAAGCCAAAACCAGCCUGGUAAUUCUGCAAAGCAAUCCCGUCAAGCUCAGUUACAGUUACUUCGUAAAAUUCGUUCAAAGGUAUCUGACUGUCGAAAACAGGCUGCUUCAAAACAACAAACAGAGACUUUUGAUUCACCCUCUCGUGUUGGCAAUAAAUAAAGAAGAACAACAAACAGGCGACGAAGACGCCGAUUGGGAUGGCCUUGGAUCCACCUCCAGAAAUCCUGAAAACCAUGGUACAAAUCAGGCUGGCAAAACACACCAAUCGAGCAAUCUUCAAGAAGUAAGGACAGUCUAUAUACUUGGGUAGCUGUUCAUUAGGGAAGUAAGGUCGGCUUGUCUUGAUGUAAUGGUUUGCAUGUGCAUGUACUUCAUCUCUGACUUCUGCGUCGACUCCAACUUCUUCUACUUUUAUCCGUCUGUAUUUAAGUCGUUCGGUCUUUAACAGAGUUGUUCUCUCGCCAGACAUGUCAAUUAGUGUAUCGCUUAACCUAAACAAGACAUAAAUAUCACGGAAGGUUGUCCUCAGCUAUUGAGAGACUGAGCAGCCACGGCAUUUCUUCUUCGCAGUUUUUAUUAUUCAAGUUAACUGAAAACUACAUUAACAUACAACAUGCCAAGGUAAAGGCAAUGCUUUCCACAGUGUCGAAGCUUAGUUGUUUUUACUUAUUUCGUAAAACGUAUUUUACGGUCCUGUAUUCGGUUGUUGUCGUAUCAGUGCAUGCUAAACCUUGACUUGUGAACACUGCCCGCAAUACCAAUCCACCGAAUCGUUUGACAAUUCUUAGUGUAAAAUUUUGGGUUGGAACAAGAUCAACAACCGGAUGACAAAGGAAUGUGGCAGAAAGGGGUUGACUAAAAGAAUACUGAGUCGUUUUUCCCCAUGCUGAGAAUAUAUGCCUGAAUUGCCAAUCAAAACGGACGUUUUCGUACCUGUUGCAGCAAUCUUGAACUGGGUUUUUAACCAUAUGAGUUGGCGGUAAUAAUGAACGAUUAUGGAUCAAGUAGCCCACGGUUCCGGGAAACGUAAUCUGGCGUACUCCCUCGUUGUGCAACCGAGUACGCAGCAGCAGGAAACGAUAUCGCCCAAUCCGAUUUCUUCAAAUAUCGGAAACUUGACCGAGGGUCAUCACGUGAAAUCGAAGUGAAGAAGGAAAUCAGAAGUUGUCUUUUAUGUCCCUUUUAGCCUUAGCGAACCCAAGUUCAUUUGCAUAUUAAUAAGCUUUUUCAAAAUUUCUGUGUGAAAUUACUGCUGACUAACGGCAAGUUACUACUCCAUCUUCUCGCCAGCUUUUCUAAAAACUGUUCCUAUCCGUGGUUUUACGAUUUUGUGUCCAAACGUUUUGAAUAAUAAAUACAUAAAAAAAGGUCUUUUUAAAUUUACAAAUGCAAACCGGUUGGUUCACGGUUUGGGAAAAAGGUACCGAAGCAAAAUUCAGGACUCGCGUCCCGGAAUCGUGCCUACCAUUAGUACAGUUCCAAAUUUUACCUAAAAACGGCCAAGAAAGCCUGAAACUGUUAUCAAAGAUGGCUUUGCCGAAGAAAUGGAGCACGGAUUGUUUGGUGCAUUAAUUCCGUCCGGAAAAACAGGUCUACCUUUUCAGAUUUUCGGUUGCCCCCCAAAAUUUUCCCCUGGAACGACCCAAGAAGUCGUGUUCCGUUUACUACCCAACCAGGUUUUCCGGAAACUUUUUCUAAAUGGUAAACAACCAUGUUUUCUAAAGAGAUAGUCUUUUAAGAGUUCCAAGUUGUUGUUUGAAUAAUGGCCCGACGGUCUCGUUGAACAAAGGCCCGACGGUCUCGUUGAACAGGUUGAAUGACCACUUUCAAUCCCCAUCAUUGUAUGAUAUAUUGUGUACCUGAUUUGUUAAUCAAGAGCUGCUAUGUUUGUUGAUCAAAAAUAUUGAACCGUGUGUCAUCGGCUUGUAACCAUGUCCAAAGCGACGUAAUCAAGUCUUGAUUCAGCCGGUUCGAGUUUGACGUCAACAAAAAAAAAGAGUUUACUUUGUGCAUGGAAAAUUAUUGGCCAAAAGUUCGAAUAAAUGAGCCAAAAAAAUGGAAGAAAACUUCAACUGCCCCAAACGCAAGUGGCGUUUCAAGUUUAUUGUUGUGUUGUUUCAGGAGCAAAGGUGGUACCGUUAGUUAGUGCCCAGCCUUCGGUGCGAGGUGUUCCAAGUUCGAUCCCCAGUGACAUCACAUCCUUGUUUCAACUUCUCUCCUUUCUGAGUAGCUUGGGCCAGCUUUAAAUAGCCUUAAAACGGAGCAUUGAUGGAGAGAGGGGGGUGAAAUAAGCGCACCGUCGGCUUCAAGUUUAUCAGUUAUUACAAUCAGGAGUUAUCGACGGAAAAUAUGCUUGCUUUACCUUUUUUUGAUAAAGAAUUCCAUGCACUUUAUAUUGGCCUUAACCACCCGUUAAAUUUCUCAAACGAUCAGUUGUUUAUCCAUACAAACGAAAAUAAUUAACGGAAUGAUGAUAUAGGAAAAAAUUGGGCCUAUGUCACGAAACUGUAUCAUACGGCCGGAACCCAAAGAAAAUAUGAAUUAUAUCAGCCAUAUCGGUUUUGCAUGAAUGAAGAGUUAUUUAAUUGUAAUGAUUUGUAUCAUAAGUUCAGAGCCAUACAUCUUACGUCGAGAAGUGUGUUUAUACAUUGGAAACUUUUGAUAUAUAGUAUAUUCAGGUGAAAAUCUCUCAGCGAUCAAAGAGCGAGAGCGACUCAAGUCAGCUAGAGGAAGAGCGAAUCAAAAGAGAUUUUGUGGUAUCUCAGUUUUAGGUAUUCAAGCCCUUACAGGUUCGAGAUUUUAAGCAUUCUCGUUGGUUUCCCUGAUAAUAAUCCUGUAAUAUUGUUUUCAUCUUAUUUUGUACCGAUUAAGUCCCAUUUUUAUCAGGAGCUACAAAUUUCAUUGUAAUGAGGUAACGUUCUCUGAUCCAGUGACAAAUGUUUAUUAUGUCAGCUUGAGUGCGUCAUCAUUAUUAGACAUGGAAUAGUGCUUUACAACUAUUUUAACACUAUAACUGUAUUUCGAUUUUGAACAUACUUGGGCUAACUGUCUUGACGCCGUUUAAGCUGUUUAAUGAGCAACACAAACUGCAGAUAGAUUUUCGAAAAUGGAAGAGAAAAACUACGAAGCAAUACAAAAAGUUGCAUGCACGGCGUCCCUUUACGGAAACCCCUUUCUGUAUUCAACAGCUGCUUUGAAUAUUCUUCUAUCAGUUACCGCGUCAAUGGGGAACAUUCUUAUCCUUGUUGCUCUUCGCAAGGAAAAUUCUCUUCAUGCUCCAUCAAAACUGUUGUUUCGAUGCUUAGCAACAACGGAUCUUUUGGUUGGUAUCCUGUCGCAGCCUUUGUUUGCCAUUCAGUUGAUUUCCAUUGCACAUCAGCGAGUGUCACUUUGUUUCAUCCUUGUCAGUGUAAAUGAAAUUGCUGGUUCAAGCCUGAUCGGUGUGUCUCUGUUUACGAUGACUACAAUCAGUGUGGACAGACUUCUUGCUCUGUUACUAGGGCUGAGACACAGGAAAAUAGUCACUCUGAAACGAAUUCGUGGAGUGGUCAUCGUCUGCUGGAUUAUAAGCAUUUUCGUCUGCACCUUGAGGCGUUUCUGGGAACGCCACUACACGCAAAUCUCGCAAUUCGUCUCUGGGAUGAUUUACUCAUUACUAGUGAUCUCAGCAAUUUCAUACACGACGAUUUAUCUAACACUUCGCCGUCAUCAAACUGAGAUGCAAGACCAAGCGAAUGGAGAAGGACCUCCACUCCACAUCGCACGGUACAGAAAAACAGUGUCCACCGCUUUGUGGGUGCAGCUAACACUUAUAGCCUGUUAUCUUCCUUACGGUGUUGUUAGUACGUUAAGUCAUCCAUAUGCCCCAUCCCAUAAUCUUUCCGUCCGGCUUACAAUAACCCUUCUCCACUUAAAUUCAUCUUUAAACCCUGUUCUCUAUUGUUGGAAGAUCAAAGGAGUCAGGCAAGCGGUAAAGGAUACACUCCGACGUCUGUGUUCUGUGGUUUACCGAGCUAAACCUCCAGGAGAAAGUAGCGUGUAGUAAGUUUAGCGGAUGUUGAUCUGCUGGAAGAUCAGGGGAGUCCGGCAAACAUUCAAGUCAGACACUGUGUCAUAAUAACAGGGAAUAAUGUUAUCUCAACUUGAAACGCGACUCUAACAACGUUCAAAUUAAUUCAUCGUGGUUUGUAAGUUUUGCUCUUCUCGGUUUUUUUUCUUUCACAACAGCUGCUUAUGCUCCCGAAAUAAUUUCGAGGCUAUGUAAUUUAUUCUCAAAAUGAAAAUGUUAUCAUAAUGGUUUAAUUUUUUUUGGCAUCAAAGUAUCUGCUCGAGAAUUAUUACGAACUUUUGAACUUUGCAAGACAUUUUAAUAUGGUCGAACUUGUCCAUCUUCUUGCAAACUUCUCUCAAAACUGUCCGUAUCCGAGGUUUUGCGAUUUUGUGUCUAAACGUUUUGAAUCAGAAUAAAUACAUAAAAAAAACCCUUUAAAAUUAAACGUCUGAGUUAAAUAUUGUGUUUGAUAUCCCUUUCUUAAUCUUUCAGUUUGAGGGAUUAUUUUUUCUGUUUACACCCUGUGUCAGCAAGUGAAAUGUUCGUGGAAAGUGCACUUUGGUCGAAAAGUGCGGGAAGUUUUGUUCCAGCUGAGUCACUUUCAGCUGGUAAAGCUGCGUGGGCUGUAAAUAGGAAGGUCGCGAGUUUGAAAGCAAGUAUUAAAGGAAGAAAGUACUGCCUUUGUCCUCCGAAUAGCCAACCCCUCACUGAACUCGGUUGUUCACGUCAUAUAUCAGUCUCUAGUUACCGCGUUCUAAGUACGUUGGAACUUUGAUAAAGUAUAAGUUUUUUGGGUUCGAAUUUUUUUUAUCCAAAAAUAGGUUCUUCUCUUAUUUCAAUAGAGAAGAAGAUUGUGGGUAAUAAUACAUAUAGUGAUUUGAAACAAUAAAUAUCUGCCAAAAUUUCCAAAUAGUUACAAGUGAAUAAAAGAAAAGAAAAAAAUUAUAUUGUAAAACUUUAUCUGAAUUGAUGCACGACGUUAGAAAUGCCUUAGCAACAGUGAUCAGUAAUUUAUUUACGAAUACGUCCGGCAUCCAUUCAUACAACACUCGUUCCGCUGACUCAUACAAUUUUUACAUAAAACGAUCAAGGCUUGAAAUACAAAGAAAUGCUUUUCCAAGAAUAGGCGCAAAACUCUGGAAUGAGAUACGGCGUUUUCUGAAAGAACUACCAAAACCUUAAUUCAAAAAAGGAAUUCAAAGUGUGCUACCGAGUAUUUUCGAAGAAGUAGAUUCGUUCAUUGAUAUACACCAGAUCAUUUCUGAGGUAAUAUCCUCAGUAACUAGACUACGAGUAGUCCCCAUUUUUCCUCAGGGAUAGUAGAGCGAGCGAAACGUGAGCGCGCGUGAAAAUCACCCCACGCGAGAUAGGCGAAACGCGGCGGUGAGAGAGAAAAAUUUCUCUCUCCCCAAAGAAGAAGUAGAUUCGUUCAUUGAUAUACACCAGGUCAUUUCUGAGGUAUUAUCCUCAGUAAUUAGACUACGAGUAGUCCCUAUUUUUCCUCAGGGAUAGUAGAGCGAGCGUGAAAAUCACCUCACGCGAGAAAGGCGAGACGCCGUUGAGGGGAGAGAGAAAUUUUUCUCUCUCCUCACCACCGCGUCUCGCCUUUCUCGCGAGGGGUGAUUUUCACGCUCGCUCUACUAUCCCUGAGGAAAAAUAGGGACUACUCGUAGUCUACUCAGUAACGAGCAGAGUAUGAAUAUAAUCUUUCCGCAUUAUAUUAUUAUUAGACAAACAUGUCGUACAUAAGAGAAUAAAUUAUUCCCUACAGGUAAAUUGACUGACCCGUCAAGAUUAGCUCUAGCUACCAGUGGGCCAGUGAACUUUUGUAAAACUUAAAUAAGGAGAAUAAAGAUUAUUAUUGUUGUUGUUGUUGUUGUUGUUGUGAAAUCAAAUCCUUUUAUACUAUAAACAAAAAAAUCAUUUUAAGGAAAACCACUCUAAAAAUGGCCAACUUCCUAAUUUUUGCACUAUUUAUUAAGCCUAACAAAAAUGUUAUAAGACGGAUGAUAAGAUUACGUCUUGUAGUUUUCCUAUUAUCGGGUAACAAACAUUUCUUUGUUGGUAAAUGAAUUAAUGUACAGUGAAUUCUCUUUUCUCGAUCCCGCACAGUCAACUUCCCUUAUAUCGUGCCGAGUCCCGCGGGACCGCGAGUCAGUCCCUACAGUAGCGAGAGUCCCGACCAGCUUCCAGUAGGCUUGUUAGGUCAAUUGGUAGACUGCUGCAACGGUAUCGCAAAGGCACGGGUUCGAAUCCCGUACAAGUCUGAAUCCUUUUGAGACUUUCUUUUCACAUCUGCACUGAAAAGUUGCCAGUAUUAAUAACUUCGAUCAUCUUCUUUACAUUAUUUCUUCACCCCGUAGUUCUUAUAAUUAUACAAUUUUCAUAUUGAGUAUUUAUUGGUUCAACAUUUAGCUAAUAGAUUAGAAGCGAGGUCCCUAUGCACAUGUAGCUCAACGGUAGAUUCGAAUCCUGAUGAGGAAACUCUAUUUAUUCCAAGUAGCCUAUGCCACUCACGGAAAAAAAAGAACAUUAUUCUCAAUAUUUGGGCAGAUUGGACGAACCACAGCAGUGCUAAUUAAGAGCACUAGGCUAGUAAAGAUGAAAAAAAAAAGGUUUCAAUCGAUGCUCAAGAAGAGAAUCGUAAUCAAAACUAUCUAUGAAAAACUGAAGAAAUAAAGAUGCCGCUCGCUGUUCGUUAUAACCAGAAUUUUUAAAAAAAAAUAACAUGGGCAUGUUGUGUGUAAGUCUGCAAGUUUGUGAUAGUGGGAGUUCAUUUCAUUGAAGCGUCUGUAAUGUUUGUCGGAGAUACAGUCGCUGUCCGCAUUAGCGAAUUGUCCGCACGACGAUAGUUGACCGUCAACCAGGCAUUUGGUAAGCGAGGGUUUGAAAAUAAACGCAGGCCUCUUGAACCAUGUGUUUCCCCAGGUUGUUCUACAUUAACACUUGCUGUUUUGCAUGGCCAAAUAAUACUGUACAUCCUUCUGACUGACUCUAUCGCCGCCUUUCUCACUUCUCUGAUCUUCCAGCAGUAAAGAACUGGGUUUAAAGAUGAGUUAAAGAAGACAAGAGUUAUGGUUACCCUUUUAUAAAGAAGGUUUGGUACGGAAAACGGAUCUGCCACAGCGGUGACUAUGCUAAAGGGAAGAUAACAGGCUACCAAUGUCAGCUCAACCCACAAAGCGGCUGAAACUGUUUUUUUGUAUCGUGCAAUAGACGUAAAACUUCCCUCGCCGUUAACUUGUCUUCUCUGAACAAGGUCUUGAGUAUGAUGGCGAAGAGAAAGAUAAAUCUUGCUGUAGCAGAGUGCUGAGGCUACCAAAUUGAUGCAAAUUAACGCAGAUAUCAGCCCUUGGAUAACAGCCUGUGACCAGAAGCGCCACAAAAACGAAAUUAGAACGCUAAAGAUCCAAAUAAAAAUUACAAUAGAUCGAGUUCGCCUCAAAGUCACUGUUUGUUUGUAUCCUAAUCCCAGCAACAGAGCAAGAAGUCUGUCUACGCUGAUUACAGUCAGUGUGCACAAAGACACGCCACUAAUGCUCAUCCCAGCCAUAUCACUUAUGCUGAUCAUUGCAAACGUGCAGCAAUAUGGUACUCGCUGAGGAUCCACGAUUAAAAACAAGUGAACGACGAAGAGUGGAUGGGAAAGCAGCCCAACUAAAAGGUCCGUUAUGGUUAGACUUAGAUACAGAAGCUUUGAUGGCGGGUGGAGAGAGGAUUCCUUACGGAGAGCAAACAGAAUGAUAAUGUUUCCCAACGCUGCUGUGACUGAUAGAAGAAUAUUAACAGCUGCAAGAGAGUAA